AUGUCAUUUCAAACUGUCUCUGACCUGAAAAAUGUUCCAUCAUCUGAUGAAAAAGCAAUUAUAACAAAACCAAUUAAAGUUAAAGUUAUUGUGGAUCCAGUGUACCAUCAUGAUGAUAAUCCAACCACACCAAAUGUCAUUGUCAUGAGUAUUGUUGCUGAUGAUUCAGGCACAAUCAAAUGUCACAUUUCAAACGAAAAAGACAUUGUCAAAAAAUUCUUUCAGAAAAACACAUCAAUUGUUAUUUCAAAGUGCACCAUAACCACUUGUGACGAAGAGCCUCAAUUGAACAUCAACAUGCAAUCAAGCAUCUUCCUUGUUCCAACAUUCAACUUGAAACAAAACUUACCACUGCCACUCCUACCAUCCUUCCCAACCAUCAAAUUCACCCCAAUAGCAGAGGCAUUGAAACUUCCUAGAAAACAACAAAUAUCCAUUGAGGGAAAAAUUACAAAGGUAUGUAUGAGUGAUUUCAUUUGCCAAAAAAAGCUUUGAUUAGUAUUCACUUUCUGUAUAGCUCCUAAGAAGAAUAAAUUGCUGCAUAUAUGUACCCUAUUCCCUAAAGUAGAAAAGUUUGCCAGUAAUACAGUAUUUAUGUCUCUAAUUUAAAAACUGUUUCUUAGAUGGUGAGUACAUAUAUAAUCCAACUUUGUAUCUGAAACCCUUACUUGCUAUAAAAGUGUAAUUAUAAUAGUCUGUAACAACUAUAUAUAGUGUGUUUUAAUUCUACCUCUACUAUGUACUGUAGAUUGAACCACCAAUAAAGGUAAAAAAUAACUCGAUAGACCUCAAGAAGUGUUCUUGAAAGACACAACUGGGAUAAUGCAAGUAUCCCUCUGGAAAGACAAGGCAUCCCUACCACUUUCCCAAGGAGACGUUAUCUCAUUUACUGGACUACAGACAUCAAUGUUCCAGAAUAGACCAAUGGCAUCUUCAACAACUCAAACUCAAGUGAAGGUAAAUGAAAAAUUAUAAUAGCUGAAAAAACAGAUCCUAACUCUUCAGUAGCAUGAGAAAUAUUUCACUGUUAUCUAGAACAAUACACCCUUUUGAUAAUUACAUCAUUUGACUUGGGAGCCUAGCUCUCAUGAAUCAUGAGCCAAUCACCUUGCAUAAUUUACUGAUGAGAGCGAGGCUCCAAGACCAAAAAAUAUGUGCAACAUAAUUAUCGAAAUGAUUUAUUAAUCUCAUUAUCUUUUAUUGUGUGAUUUACAAAAUCCAAAUAUAUUCUAUAAAAAUUAAAUAAGUCACAUAAAUUGAAAGUCUGACAUAGCUUAUUGCAUAAAAUCAAAUAUGCAAGAGCUUCUUUUUCCAUCUUAUGAACAAUAUAUGUACAUAUAACGUCUGUAGUCCACAUUAUUGUUAUGCUCUAUUUGCCAUAAUUACACAUACCUUUUCUGUACUUAUAACACAAAGCUUAUAGUCCUCACUUAUAACUUGCGACACUGCUGCUUGAACUUACAGCAGCUAUAUAUUGUCUUAAUUUAUGCUUGAAUAGGUGUCUGAAAACCAGGACUUGAUCCUCAUUGACACUGAUGAUGAAUAUGAUCAACUCUACAAAGAUGGAACCAUCAUUGGCAUUCAAAAUGUUAUUUGCUACAACAGCUGCAGUAACAAACAAUGCAGAAACAAAAAGCUCGAUUCCACCAACCAGUGCCCGCGUUGUUCAAAAAUUUAUCCUGAUGACAAAUUGCAAAAAGCAUACGUGAGUAAUCUCUGCCUUCAGACUGAAGAAGACUUAAAGUCUGUCACAGUGUUCCAAAAAGUAUUCAUCCAACUUUUCACCAUUGAUGAAAAUGAAAACCAUCAAGCUGAAGAGUUGACAGCUGCGCUGCUACAAAAACUACCAAUCUCCCUAAAAUACAAGGAGAACGAUGAUAUUAUUCAAGAGAUCAUUCUUCUCUAA